AUGGUCGGUAGGAGGCGAAAGGCGAGGUUGUCUCGUUCUCGCAAUCCCUAUUAUACGCGGUCCGCUUCUCGGAGUAGGCCUGGACUCAGAAGGAGAACUUUAUCAAAGUCACCUGCCAGGAAGUUCGCUUCUGGUGCCUCCGAAUCAGGAGCUUCUGUUGUUGAAACAAAGCUACGAACCCGCACUUUUAGCCCAUCACCGAAAGUUGAGAAAGUACGAUAUGGGAGUCUGCGUCGGCAAAGUGCGAGGACUCAGUCUUCUGUCAUUAUAAUAGAUGAGAUUGAUUUAUCUUCUCCGCAGCCCGGACAAGCGUCUAGUAAAUUUUGGUGCCUUGCGCAUCCCAUGACUGAUGUUCUGCCGAGGCUCUUUCUCACUAUUUUCUCCAGGGGACUAAUUGAUCUUCUCGCUGCUCUUUUUAUACCGCUCUUUGUUUACUGGUGCACUUUUCUGGCUGUCUCUCCAACAAGUGAAAAGACUUUUUCACGAGGCUGUUCUCACCACGGUUGUUCUAUCGCCUUUUUCGGAGCUGCACUACCAUUGGAUUUAGGCUUUAUCAACCCAUAUGUUCUCUUUGGUGUCGCAUUUUUUAACAGGAUCACCAUGCUUCUGAAUUGCCUUGUUCCUAUUGGGAGGCCACUUAUUGUCAUUGCUGGUGGACGUCGAUGGCAGCACAAGUGCAAUGGGAUUUUGAUUGUUGUGCUUUAUCUUCUUGCUGUGGCUCUUUACGCUCACAAGGGUGCUGGAGUCGUUAGUAUCUCCCAAUUAGUUGAUUUGCGCAGUUUUUUGCCGUCAGUACUCCUCGGUGCGUGGACUGAUGCUCUCGUUUUUGCGACACAUGCUUUUCUGAAAUCACGCCACAUCCGUGCUUCUACUUCAUAUGGUGGAUAUUCGGGCAACUUCCUUGUGGACUUUUAUAAUGGUCGUGAGAUUCGUCCCAUACUUUGUGGACUAGAUGUCAAAGUUCUCUCUUGCUACGCAUCUUUCAUCGGGGGCUUCAUUCUUCAAUUGGCCUUUGUGAUUCAUCAGUAUCAUGAACGUGCGUCCCUCAGUUUCGGUCUCAUGACUCUGCUUCUCCUUCACGCCAUUGGUAUGUUGGACUUCUUUGUCUACGAGCCCACAGUACUUCGCGCUCAUGACGUUGUACACCAUGGCUGUGGUCUUCGAUGGUUUCAAAGCGCACUCCUUGUCUGGCCUUUUUUACAAAGUCUUGGCGUCUUAUAUUUGGCCCACAAUUACUGCAUGGUAUAUCCCUCCUGGGAUUCUUUGCCGUACUAUGGUCUUCCAGCUUUUGGUGCGUUUCUUUUCGUUGUUGGCCUCUACAUUCGUCGACGGGCCACCAACCAGAAGUUCCUCCUCAGCUACAAUCCGCAGCGUCACUCAUUUGAGGCUGCGAGCGUUUUGAACUCUAGCGGGAGUCGAAGCAUUGUGGCAGUUGGUUGGUGGGCCUGUGUUCGUCAUCCUGACUACCUAGGAGAAGUUAUUUCGUCCCUCGGUUUGGCCGUGACUGCCGGAGUUGGUAGCAUCGCUCCGUGGAUUGCGCUAGCGUGCGUGUUUUUUGAUGUUCUGUUGCGCAUUCGCUGGGACGAGGGCGUGGGCUUGAAGAUGUAUGAUAAGACUAUGUGGGAGAAGUAUGCCUCAGCGGUCCCCUAUUGCCUUAUACCGCGGCUUUACUAG